UAUGUAUGGAAGGUAAAGUUGGCCAAAAUUCCCCAAAAACAUUAAAGAAAGCCAAAACAAAAAAACAAACAAACAAUGAAAUGAUAUUAAAGUUCUUCACAUCCUCGCCCCCAAACACCUCCUCUGACCUUUGUUCCAUCAUUUUGUUAUCUCCACUUCAGAUAGUGUUGGUUGGAACCUGCAGGUAGACAUCUCUCAGCUGAACCUUAUACUUUUUCUCCUUAUGUAACGUCAUUUAUAUUACGUCCCUGGACACGUGCCAGAGGUCCCUGUACCUUUACCUGGCCUGAGCUGCUCUGUCAGCUCCACUGAUGGUACAGCCUGCCUGCCUGCUCCGCUUCUGCUUGUGCUGCUGCUGCUGCCAGGACGCAAACACAGACAGGCUGCACACACUGGCACACACACACACACUGACACACACACACACACAGACAGAAGGAGAACAGGCUGCCUGGCAGAUAGAAGGACGUACGGAGGGAAAAACGCACACCAACCAUGGGCUGCUGUAACAGGAGGUGCGGGCUGAUAGCUGGAGCUGUGUUUGGGGCGGUGGUUGCCAUCCUGGGAGGCAUCCUUAUCCCCCUGGGGAACAUCGUCAUUGAGGGGACAGUGGAGAAGGAAGCUGUCAUUGAGAACGGGACCACAGCAUUUGACAACUGGGUGUCAACGGGGGGAGUGGUGUACAGGCAGUUCUGGUUCUUUGACAUCCAAAACCCUACAGAGAUUAUAGAGGAAGGAGCAAAACCAGUGGUAGUGGAAAAAGGACCUUACACAUACAGGACCAGAUAUCUUCCCAAAGAAGACAUCAAGUUCAACCCAAAUCAAACUGUCUCCUUCAUUCUGCCGCUGGGCGCCAUCUUUGAACCGUCCAUGUCAGUGGGACCAGAGGAAGACAAAGUCACCACCCUAAACAUCGCUGUGGUGGGAGCUUAUUCACUGGUGCCCACAGUGCUUCACGCAGUGCUGGAGAAUCUGAUAAAGUCGACCAACUCGUCCUUGUUCCAGCAUCGCACAGUCAAAGAAUUGCUGUGGGGUUACAUGGACCCCAUCCUGAAAGGAGUCGUGGGCGUAUUUGCACCUUACAAUGGCACCUUUGACGGCCCUUACAAUGUCUUCAAUGGAAAGGAGGACAUCUCUAAAGUGGGAAUAAUUGACAGGUGGCGAGGAGAAUACAAAUUGAAUUUUUGGAACGACAAGUACUGCAACAUGAUCAACGGCACAGAUGCUUCGUCAUUCCCUCCCUUUGUGGACAAGAGGAAGCCGCUCUAUUUCUUCUCAUCGGACAUCUGCAGGUCUGUGUCAGCAGGCUAUGUGGAGAGCCUGGACCUGAAGGGGAUCGAAGUGUACCGCUUCAGCCUGCAGCCAGACACCCUGGCCUCCCCUACGGUCAACCCAGACAACGCAUGUUACUGCAGAGACCUAAAGACCACCAAGAAUUGCACUAUGGCGGGAGUUCUGGACAUUAGCUCCUGUCAAGAUGGAAAGCCCAUCUUCAUCUCUUUGCCUCACUUCUUGCACGGCAGUAAGGACCUGUUAGAGGCCGUGCAGGGCCUCAGCCCCAAUGAGGAGCAACAUUUCACCUACAUGGACGUGGAACCUACGACGGGGUUCACGCUGCGGUUUGCAAAGAGAAUUCAAGUGAAUAUGAUGUACGGGCCUUCAAAAGUCAUCACGGUGCUGAAGAAAGUCAAGGAUUACACCAUAUUCCCCGUUGUUUGGCUGAAUGAGACGGCUGCGGUGGAUGACGAAACCGCCAACAUGUUCAAGGAGGAGCUAAUCUCUCGGAUCGAUAUGCUGGAGUUGAUACAGAAGGUGCUCUUGGGCACAGGCGUGGCCAUCUUCCUCUUGUGUCUCAUCGCUUUCUGCUGUGUACAAAGACGUAAUAGCCAAGUCAAGAUAGUGUGAGUGCGUCAUGCUGAAGCUUUUGUUGUGUGUGGGUUCAGAGCACAGUGCAUCAAGCUGCUAUGGGACAUCAAACCUUUUUGAUAUAGACUUGCACUUUUUUGUAAUUUCAAUGUUAUUUAUAAUGUCGAACCUCCUUUGAUACGAGGGGGUGGAUAACUGUGAUUUUUGCAAAGCUCAAGAGCUGAACUGCUUUGCCGAGUAUGAUUUAAAUUGCGAACACUGUAACUUUGACUCAAUCAGGGAUUUCUUGAGGGGGGAAAAGACAAGUACACGGAGACUCCUCUUAAAUGUCAGGUCCGGUAUCAACCCAGAGGAGGGAAGUGUUUGUUUGCCAUCCUGUGAAAGAAAUGUACAAUCUAAUCUUAUGUUCUUUUACUUUGUCCAACGAGUGUCUUGGAAAUGAAUAAAAGCUGAAAAGGA